AUGCAAUUGCAAGCAUCCUCCAUUAGGAAUUUGGAGGUACAGGUCAGACAGCUUGUGACCGAACUUAAAAACAAAACACCUGGUACGCUGCCCAACAGCUCGGAAGCACCUGGAUCAAGUGGGAAGGAGCAAUGUCAAGCAGUGACAUUGAGAAGCGGUAGAAAGGCGAUCCCCGUGCCAACAGUACCAGAAUCAGUAGAACGAGUAAAAGAAGCAAUCACCAAUAAUGACCACUCGAUUAUGAAUAGCAGAACCACCAGUUUGGAAGCAACUACCAUUACGCAGAAUGAAUCUUCACAGAACCCAGAACCAAAGUCAACGUUGAAAAAGAAAGAUGAUAGUAAACAAUUCAAGAGGUUCCUGGAUGUUCUCCGGCAGCUACAUAUCAACAUUCCCCUAGUAGAAGCGUUGGAACAGAUGCCCAGCUAUGUGAAGUUCCUCAAAGAUAUACUCGCCAAUAAGAGAAAGAUCGGGGAAAAUGAAACCAUCGCACUAACGUAUGAGUGUAGUGCGCUCUUCCAGAAUAAUAUCCCUAAGAAAAUGAAAGAUCCAGGGAGUUUCACAUUGCCAUCUCAAUUGGGGGGAAAGAAGUCGGAAAUGCGCUCUUUGGCUAAAAGGUCAAUAACGCAUCCAGAGGGCAAGAUAAAAGACGUACUUGUGAAAGUGGACAAAUUCAUCUUCCCAACUGACUUCAUUAUAUUGGACUAUGAAGCUGACACUAAGGUGCCGAUCAUAUUGGGUCACCCGUUUCUCGCAACAGGGCACGUGCUGAUCAACGAAGAACAAUGGCAUGAGUUUCAGGAAGAAACGGAAGAAGAAGACUUUGAGGUUGGCAUAAUGUUGGAGGAGAGUUGCGCCGCAAUACAGACUGACCAAGAUUUUGAAUCGAUAAAGUUAUCUGAAUGA